UCAGAUUAUGGAUCCGGAAAGAAAUGUUAAAAGACUUAAUAAAUUAUUUGGAGUUUCUCAGAAAAUACGAAAACUCGCCGCUCGUCGAGGAAGUGCAGCCGAUCCAGAAAAGGAAGAACUCGAGAAGAAGAGAGUACAAGGAUAUAAAGAUCAGCGACAAAAAAGAAUUAGCAACUUAGGAGCAAAUCAUCGUUAUGUACUGGAAAUUGUUGCUGACUUUAUUGGAAUAACAAUUGAGGAAGUUAUAACAGGAUUGGCUGAUGAUGAAGCCUUCACAGAUCUACUCGAUGGGCUAUUCAAAGCAAAGGCAAAUUUUUCGGCUUUAUUUUCGAAAGCCACUAUGAAUGGUUAUCCAGUGGCUUCAGGUCGUUAUGUUGAAAAAUUAAAAUAUGUACCAAUCGAUCGUUUGAUUUGCUAUAAAAGUGAUCAAGUUCAAAUGGAUGGCACCUGGAUUGUGGCGUACCGAAAUAAUAACAACAAAUCCAUAGAAAUUCGAAAUAUAUCGGAUGAAAUAGGAUUGUUUAAAAUAGUUUCUGAUAAAAAGGACAUGACAUUGAAUGUGGUCAAAACAUUAAUGCAAAAAAUGAUCACACCAUCUUUGGAAGCAGUAACUGAAUUUGGAUUGUGUGAAGAAGAUCAAAAGACUAAAUUCUUUCAUGGCUUGGAUAUGUUUAAUAAAUUCAUAAGCUCCUCUGAUGAAACUGUACAGAGUCGAGUGAACUUUGAAGUUUCACAUGAAUUAUUCAAAGGACUCUUAUUGGCAAAACAUCAAAUAGAAGCCAGUUCGAAGAUAAUUCCUAGGGUGCAUCUGGUAGAGCGUUACUUUACCCAAUGGCUUAGACAAAUUCAGGGCAUUUUAGUUGAAAGUAAACAAAUUCAAAGGGAUGCAAGUGAUGCUGGACCUCUGCAAAUUUUGGUCAUUUGGAGACGAUUACUUACAAGGUACACCUCAGUUAUUGAGUUCGUUUCAUCCAAGGCAUUUUUAAAUCAUAAGACAUGUUUAGUGUUAUCGAGAUCUUCUAAAUUACUCAAGAAAUGGAUUGAAAUCGACGGACAUGUGACUUUGGCACUUAACGAGGCUAAGGAUAAUGUGAGAUAUAUAUCAUCACUUCAAAAGUUUUGGGAUCCAUUGUAUAGAUCAAGUCCAGAUGCCAUAAUGAGCAGUCUUCCAGGCUUGAUGGUAGCCAUUAGAAAUGUGUGUAAAACAGCACAUUUUUUUAACACUCCCAGCAAUAUAACAGGUCUUUUUGUUAAAAUCACAAACCAAUUAACAAUAACUAGCAAGAAAAUCAUAACUGAUAACAAUCAUUCGAAAAUCUGGAGUAUUCCAGCUCGAACACUUAUUGAAAGAAUAGAAAAAUGCCGCCAAAUUAUGAGUUUUUAUAAAACAACAUAUUUCGAAAACGUUGAAAUCAUGAAGGAAGCAAACGAAAAACCAUGGAUUAUGUCAGCGGUUUAUAUUUUUACGAAUAUGGAAAAAUUUCUAGAUCGAUUGGAAAAGAUAAAUGAAAUUUCGAACACAGAGUUAACAUAUGAGAUUUUGGAUAAAAUUCGAAUAAGUGGGAUGGAAAAAUUUGCAGGACAGAUUAAAUUGGCUAGAGAAAUUAUCAGUAGUAAACCAAAUGAUCCUUUGGAUUUUCGAAUUGAAAAAUUCGACAAAGACUAUGAAAUAUUUGUGAAAUCAGUCGAAUCGGCUGAAGUUCAAAUGCAACAAUUUGUUAAAGCUCAAGUUGCUGAUUGCCCUAUGACCGAAUCUGUGAUUUUAAUUCUUAAGAGAUUUGAAAAACUUAAUUUAGAUUGUUUGUGCUUGGAUCGAAGAUAUCUUGAAGUAUGUCAAAUGUUGGAAAAAGAAAUGGUUCAGUUAAAGGACGUAUACAAUCUUGGAAGGAAAGACCCACCAAUUCCAAGAAACACUCCUCCAUUUUCUGGUCGUAUGAAAUGGAUUCGAUCUAUUUUUAAAAAAAUUGACGAACCUAUGAAGAUCCUUAAAGAAAGACCCUGUGUUAUUGGUCACAAAAAGUCACAGCGAACUAUCCAGUAUUAUAAUUAUAUAGCAGGAAUAAUAACUCACUAUGAGAUGACACAUCACAAAGCUUGGUUUGAAUAUGCCGAAGAAGUUCGUUGUCAAUUGAAUGCGCCAGUUUUGACAAGACAAAAAAACAGUGCAAAAUAUCGUAUUAACCUGCAUGAGUGUAUUUUUCGACUCGUCAAAGAAACUGAAGCCAUGUCAAAAUUGAAUUUGGAAGUCCCAAAUAUUGCAAGUGUUGUGACGUAUUGCAAAAAACGUAUUUUUAUUCCAAGUGAUAUUUUAAGAAAUGCAAUCAAGAAAUUUGAUGAUUUACGAAAAGAGAUAUCUCCGGUGUAUAUAAAUAUUAUGAGAUUUAGAUUGAAAGAUGUAUUAUUGGAAUUGAGUCCAGGACUGUCGAAGAUAACUUGGAUUUCAGAAAAUUUUGAAGAAUUCACACAAGAAGUCAAAAAGAAAGUUGAUGAAGUUGUGACAUUCUAUUAUUCUAUAAUGAAUAUUGAAGACAUCCGUCUUGCAAAAGAAAUGGAAAAUCUUUCGAAAAUAAGAUAUGUUUACAUACCAACAGAGCCUGUUUCCUCAGAUAUGUACUUGGAAGAAAGUAACAAAUUGCGUCAUGAUCUUGAGAGAAUACUGGAACGUAAAUCUGUGUGUAUGGAAAGAGCUGUAAUUGAUAUCAUCAACAUGUUUGUUGAUCUUCUAGACUUCCCCGAAUUUGAUUCGAAAAAUCGUCGAGUCUAUCAAUUACCAUCAGAAAAACUUACUGAUAUUAAUUGGCGUACAGAAGGUUCACUGCCAAUUGAUAAAUACGAUUGGAUUCAAUUUAAUAAAAUCUAUCGAGUUAUUUAUAUUGUACCCGAAGAUGCUUUGAAGGGAUUACAAUUUCGAAACUACGAGCAUUUAAGAUAUGAAUUAAAUCAUUUGCGCAACGAUUGCAUGGAUUUGUUUUCCUACUAUAAUAUGAAAAUGAUUUUAGCUCUGGUGCAGAACUCAAAAAGAUCAUUGGAUUUUAUUAAGUAUUCGAUUCUAAAAUCGAAUUGGAAAAGUGAUAAGGAAUAUAAACCUAUUCUCUAUACGGAAAUGGAUAUAAAUUUAGGAAAGAAUUGUUUUAUUGUGCCAAGUAUUGAAACUAUGCAAACAAAUUUUCAUACUGCAAUUCUAAUUUGUACGGAAAUAAAUUAUUUUGUUACCAAUUGGGGACGUCAGGCUAAGACUUAUGAAAGAAAGCUUCGUAGGGUAACAGUUGAUGAAAAUCGCCAUGAAAGGACAUUUUUUAAAUACGUUUCUGAACAUAAGGACAUAAUUCGAGCGGUUCAAAAUUUAGCAUCUGGAUUGAUGAUUUAUAAACAGGACAUAGAAGAAGUACUUUUGAAAGUAUAUGAAAAACAUAAAUAUCUUUGGUCUGAGGAUCGUGAUGAUAUUAUUCAAUCGUUUGUCAAAACAAAUCCAUUGACUGUUGACAUACGAGAUAAGUUUGUGGAGUACGAUAACAUAACAAGUAGUUUAGAAAAUAUGAAUCCUUUAGAAGUUGUUGGAGCAAUUGAAAUAAGAAUGCAUAAAGUCAUUGUGAAGCUUGUUGAAGAAUCGAAAAAGUGGAAAGUUACACUGGGAAGACUUCUAAGUUCACAAUACAAAAAACAACUUAACGAAAUGGUUGAUUUUAUAAAUGACAUGGAAUUCAUUCUAAGUAAGCCAAUCAAAGAUUUAGAUGAUGUCCGAAUGGCUAUGAAUUGUUUGGAAAAAAUUCGUGAUAACUCAAUUCAAAUGGAUAUGGAUUUGGGUUUGAUAACAGACACCUACGAUCUAUUUUCAACUUACAAUAUUGCAAUACCACAAGAAGAUUAUGACAAAGUUGAUAGUCUUCAGUUAGCCUUCAAUAAUAUGUUGGAUAAUUCAAAGAAAACUUCAGCACGUAUCGCUGCUAUGGAACAACCCCUAAUGAAAGAACUUGAAGAUGGCAUUAGACAAUUUGUCAAAGAGUUCAAUGAAUUCAAUGAAGAUUUCGAAGCUAAGGGCCCCAUGAUUGAUGGAAUUUCAGCCAAAGAAGCAAGUGAUCGUGUAUUUAUAUUUCAAAAUAGAUUCGAUGAAUUAUGGAGGAAGUUUGAAAUGUACGGCAGUGGAGAGAAAUUAUUUGGUCUUCCGAUAACUGAUUAUCCAAUGAUGCAUCAACGAAAGAAAGAAUUUAAUUACUUGAAUCGAUUGUACUCUUUGUAUAUUGUGGUUUUAAAAACAAUUGCCGAUUACUAUGAAAUGCCAUGGAGCGAGGUUGAUGUUGAGAAGAUUACCACCGAACUUCAGGAUUUCCAAGUCAGGUGUCGAAAGCUGCCAAAAGGAAUGCAAACAUGGCCAGCUUUUAUUGAUUUAAAAACAAAAAUCGAUGAUUUCAACGAAACCUGCCCACUUCUGGAGCUCAUGACAAACAAAGCCAUGAAAGAUCGUCAUUGGGUUCGCUUAAAUAAGCUUCUCAACACCGACUACGAUGUCACAAGCCCUAAAUUCACUUUGGGUAAACUUCUAGAAGCACCUAUUCUUCGUCACAAAGAAGAUGUUGAAGAUAUUUGUGUUGGUGCAUGCAAAGAAUUAGAUAUUGAAGCUAAAUUAAAACAAGUCAUAACCGAUUGGUCUUCAGUGAACAUUCAAUUGGGUGCAUUUAAAAACCGUGGAGAAUUGGUACUUAAGGGUGCUGAAACUCUCGAAAUUAUUGCUUCCCUCGAAGAUAGUUUAAUGGUUAUGAAUUCACUGGCAUCGAAUCGUUAUAAUGCGCCUUUUAAGAAAGACAUUACUUUGUGGUUAACGAAACUAUUCAAUACUGGAGAGAUUCUUGAGAAAUGGAUGAUUGUACAAAAUCUUUGGAUUUAUCUGGAGGCUGUAUUCGUUGGCGGGGACAUUUCUAAGCAAUUGCCAUUGGAGGCAAAGAGAUUUAGUAACAUUGAUAAGAAUUAUGUUAAGAUUAUGUACAGGGUUCGUGAAAUACCCAAUGCAGUCGAGUGUUGUACAGGCGAUGAAAGUCUGGCAACAAUGUUGAAUUUUCUGUUGGAACAAUUGGAGACCUGUCAGAAGUCUUUGACAGGAUACCUUGAGUCGAAGAGGCUUGUGUUCCCACGGUUCUUCUUUGUAUCUGAUCCCGUCUUACUUGAAAUUCUUGGUCAAGCUUCAGACCCUACAACAAUUCAGCAACAUUUGCUCAGUAUUUUCGAUGCUGUGGCAUUUGUCGACUUCCAAGAAAAAACAACUGAUGUCAUAGUUGCCUUAAAUUCGUCUAAUAAUGAAAAGGUCAUGUUAGAAAAUGCUGUCCAAUGCUCUGGUGGUGUUGAGUUAUGGUUAGGAAAGCUUCUCAAAGAAAUGCAAGAUUCAAUGCGAACUGUUUUAGCUGGAAUGGCUGUUAGUUUACGUGAUCCAGAGUUUAAUUUCCCUGAGGAAUUCCCUAGUUUUUGUGGACAAGCUGGAUUGUUGGGCGUGCAAUUGUUAUGGACAAAAGAUGCUGAAUUUGCUUUGAGAAAAUGUAGAACAGAUAAGACGAUCAUGAAGAGAACCAAUACACGGUUCCUAAAUUUACUAAAUCAUUUCAUUGAUCUGACAGUUAAAGAUUUAUCAAAACUGGAUCGAAUUAGAUUUGAAACUAUGGUUACGAUUCAUGUCCAUCAAAGAGAUAUUUUUGAUGAUUUAUGUACUAUGCGUAUUCGGACAGCUGCGGAUUUUGAAUGGCAAAAACAGGCAAGGUUUUAUUAUAACGAAGAAAAUGAUGAUAUAAUUGUUGGAAUAACUGAUGUUGAUUUCAUUUAUCAAAACGAGUAUUUGGGUGUUACUGAGAGGCUGGCAAUUACUCCCCUUACUGAUAGGUGUUACAUAACUUUAGCUCAAGCCAUCGGCAUGUCUAUGGGUGGAGCACCUGCUGGUCCAGCAGGAACUGGAAAAACUGAAACUACCAAAGAUAUGGGUCGAGCUUUAGGAAAAUUGGUUGUUGUCUUCAACUGUUCCGAUCAAAUGGACUUCCGAGGCUUAGGAAGAAUAUAUAAAGGUCUAGCUCAAUCAGGAUCUUGGGGAUGUUUUGAUGAGUUCAAUAGAAUUGAAUUGCCUGUUUUAUCCGUCGCAGCCCAACAGAUAUAUAUUGUCUUAACUGCAAGAAGAGAAAAACGAAGUAGUUUUAUAUUCAGCGAUGGUGAUUUGGUUUCAUUAAAUCCAGAAUUUGGUCUUUUCAUAACAAUGAAUCCUGGCUAUGCGGGUCGACAGGAAUUACCUGAGAAUUUGAAAAUAAUGUUUCGAACUGUAGCCAUGAUGGUUCCCGAUCGACAAAUCAUUAUUCGAGUCAAGCUUGCUAGUUGUGGUUUCAAAGAUAAUAUAGUUUUGUCACGGAAAUUCUUCACUCUUUAUAAGUUAUGCGAAGAACAACUCUCGAAACAAGUUCAUUAUGAUUUUGGCUUGAGAAAUAUUCUUUCGGUUUUAAGAACUCUGGGAGCUCAAAAACGAGCAAAUCCAUUAGACACUGAAGAGACAAUUGUUAUGAGAGUUCUUCGAGAUAUGAAUGUCUCGAAGUUGAUUGAUGAAGAUGAAGGAUUAUUCUUAUCUCUCAUUGAAGAUAUGUUCCCAGGGAUCAAAUUGACUCAGGGAGUUUAUAAAGAUUUACAGAAAUCAAUUGCUAAGUGUUCGGAAGAGUUAGGUUAUGUCAAUAAUCCUGAAUGGAAUUUAAAAGUUGUUCAACUCUAUGAGACUUCAUUGGUACGUCAUGGUCUCAUGAUGAUGGGUCCAACAGGAUCGGGAAAGACUAGUUGUACCUUAACUUUGCUUAAGUGCUUUACUGACAUGGGUCAACCUCACAAAGAAAUGAGAAUGAAUCCAAAGGCUAUAACAGCACCACAAAUGUUUGGUCGGUUGGAUGUAGCAACAAAUGACUGGACAGAUGGAAUAUUCUCCACUCUCUGGCGAAGAGCUCUUAAAAUAAAAAAAACCGAAUUCUGUUGGAUUGUACUUGACGGUCCAGUAGAUGCAGUUUGGAUUGAAAAUCUGAACUCAGUGUUGGACGAUAAUAAAACAUUGACUUUAGCCAAUGGUGAUCGUAUCAAAAUGGCUGAGAACUCCAAACUUACAUUUGAACCAGACAAUCUAGACAAUGCAUCUCCUGCCACGGUGAGUCGAAUGGGAAUGGUAUUUAUGAGUUCUUCAGUUCUCAAAUGGACUGUUUACAUGGAAGCUUGGGUUCGCAAACGAAAUACCCAAGAAGCAGAUAUUUUUAGACGUUGUUUUGGAGCCAUUUACGAUGAUGUUCAUACAUUUAUGCAAACAAAGUUAGUGGCCAAGAUGAAAAUUCUUGAGGCAAUUUACAUCAAACAAAUGCUGGAAAUCAUGGAUGGCCUCCUAGAAAAUGAACCCAAUCGUUCGGAAAAAUAUUUAGAAAGAACCUUUCUAUUUGCUUUGAUGUGGACUAUUGGAGCUGUUCUUGAAAUUGCCGAAAGAGAAAAAUUAGAAGAUUAUAUUUUAAAGCACAGUUCAAAAUUAAAGUGGCCUAAAAAACAACCAAAUGAGACAAUUUUUGAGUACUACGUUGACGAAAGUGGCAAUUGGCAACAUUGGAGUACAAAAAUUGAAGAAUUCAUCUAUCCUGAAGAUAGUAUUCCAGAAUUUUCAUCAAUUCUAGUGCCAAAUGUUGAUAAUGUUAGGACAGCUUUCCUCAUCCACAACAUUGCCAAGCAAAAGAAGCAAGUUCUUCUAAUUGGAGAACAGGGAACAGCAAAGACUGUAAUGAUUAAAGGCUAUAUGGCUGGUUAUGAUCCAGAGGAACAUUUGUCGAAAUCCUUUAACUUUUCUUCAGCGACCACACCAAAUAUGUAUCAGAGAAUCAUAGAAUCGUACGUAGAGAAGCGUGUGGGAACUAGUUAUGGUCCACCUGGACAGAGAUCUAUGACAAUAUUUAUUGAUGAUAUCAAUAUGCCAGUGAUUAAUGAAUGGGGUGAUCAGAUUACGAAUGAGAUUGUUCGUCAAAUGAUUGAGCAAAAGGGAUUCUAUUCUCUGGAAAAACCAGGGGACUUCUCUACUAUUCUCGACAUUCAACUUCUUGGAGCGAUGAUUCAUCCUGGCGGUGGACGGAAUGAUAUUCCAAAUCGACUAAAACGGAACUUUUCAAUAUUCAAUUGCACUUUGCCGAGUAAUAACUCCAUGGAUCAGAUCUUCAAUAACAUUGGACAGGGAUACUUUUGCUCUGCAAGAUUCAAUGAAGAAGUCGUCAAUGUUAUCCCUCUUCUUAUACCUUUGACAAGAAUCUUUUGGCAAAAUAUCAAAGCUAAAAUGUUACCAACUCCGGCUAAUUUCCACUAUGUGUUUAAUUUACGGGAUCUAUCAAGAAUAUGGGAGGGAGUUUUGAAGAUUGCCAGUGAAGAGUGUAGCACUGUUGAGACUGUUUUAAAGCUGUGGAAGCACGAAUGUACCCGUGUUAUUGCUGAUCGAUUCACUGAUGAAAAGGAUAAAAUAUGGUUCAAUAAUCGAAUCAUAAGGGACGCAAAGGAAAACUUGGGUGUGUAUUUUGAACAAUUUCCAGAAAAUGAAACAUAUUUCGUGGAUUUCUUACGCGAUCCUCCAGAAGGUGGUGAAGAUGAUGAAGAUGUUUCAUUGGAACCACCAAAGAUCUAUGAAGAAAUACCAAGUCUCGAGUUCACGAAAACAAAGGUUCUCUUUUACAUGGGUCAGUUCAACGAAUUGGUACGAGGUUUUGCAAUGGAUCUUGUAUUCUUCCAUGAUGCACUUGUACAUUUGAUUAUUGUCUCAAGAAUUCUGCGUACUCCAAGAGGAAAUGCGCUCCUUGUUGGUGUUGGAGGCUCGGGCAAGCAAAGUUUAACAAGACUCUCUUCCUUUAUAGCUGGUUACAAGUUUUUCCAAAUAACCCUUACGAGGGCUUAUAAUAUAACAAAUUUGGUGGAAGACUUGAAAUAUCUUUAUAGAACUGCUGGACUAGAAGGCAAAGGAAUUACGUUUAUUUUUACCGACAAUGAAAUAAAAGAUGAAUCGUUUUUGGAAUACAUCAAUAAUAUUUUGAGUUCUGGAGAAAUCGCUAAUUUAUUUGCAAAAGAUGAACUAGAUGAAAUCUACAACGAGAUCAUACCUAUAAUGAAAAAAUUUCAACCACGAAGGCCACCAAGUCAAGAUAACCUGUAUGAUUUCUUCAUAUCUCGAGCCAGAUACAACUUGCAUAUAGCCUUGUGCUUUUCUCCAAUUGGUGAAAAAUUCCGUGGACGAUCACUCAAAUUCCCUGGCUUAAUAUCUGGUUGCGUAGUUGAUUGGUUCCAAAAAUGGCCUGAAGAUGCCCGUGUCGCUGUAUCUCGGCACUAUCUUAAAGAUUUCAACAUUGUUUGUUCGGACCAAGCCAAAGAGCAAGUUAUUCAAAUUAUGAGCACAAUACACGAGACUGUUUCUGAUGCUUGCAUCACAUAUUUUGAACGAUUUAGAAGAUCAACUUUUGUUACACCAAAAUCGUUGAUAUCAUUUUUAGAAAGUUACAAAAAGCUUUACAAUGAUAAGCGAAAAAAUAUAAUUGUCAUGUCAGAUCGAAUGUCGUCUGGUUUGGAUAAAUUGGAUGAAGCCGGAAGUUCGGUGGAGAUUCUCAAAGUCGAUUUGAUUGAAAUGAAUAAGGAUAUUGAGAUUGCCACUCAAGAAGCAGAGGUUGUUCUUGAGACUGUUGCAAAAUCAACUGAAGCAGCUGAAGCCAUUAAAGCUCAAGUUGCUGUAAAGAAGGUUCAAGCUGAAGAAUUGGUCACCAUAAUUUCGGCUGAUAAAGAAGUGGCUGAAGCAAAGUUGGAACGAGCCAGACCAGCUUUGGAGGAAGCUGAAGCGGCUUUGAAGACUAUCAAAGCUGCUGAUAUUGCAACAGUGAGAAAGCUUGGAAAGCCUCCAUAUCUCAUCACCUUAAUCAUGGAUGCGGUGUGUCUGUUAUUCCGAAGACGAUUGAAGCUUGUAAGUCCAGAUCCUGAAAAGAGAUUCUUAGUGUCGUCUUGGGAGGAAUCACUUAAAGUUAUGGCCGAUACUAGUUUUCUUCGAAAAAUUGUUGAAUAUCCAACUGAUUUGAUCAAUGCUGAAAUGGUAGACCUUCUAAUUCCCUAUUUUGAUUACAGCUUGUACACAUUUGAUGCAGCUAAAGCAGCUUGUGGCAAUGUAGCCGGUUUACUCUCUUGGACUAUUGCUAUGGCAAAGUAUUUUGAAGUGAACAAGGAAGUUCUUCCUCUCAAGGCUAAUCUAGCCAUUCAAGAAGCCAAACAUCGUAAGGCCUCUGCAGAUUUGCAGGAAGCUCAGGACAUGCUGCAAGCUGCCGAGAAAGAAUUGGUAGAGGUACAGAGGAAGUUCGAUGAGGCUCAGGAUAAGAAGAAUUCAGUUUUGGCAGAAGCUAAGAAAUGCCAGGACAAAAUGGAUGCAGCAACUGCUCUCAUUGGUGGUCUUGCCGGUGAGAAGAUUCGCUGGACGGAGCAAAUAGCACAGUUUAAGAGUGAAACAGAACGCUUGGUUGGAGAUGUAAUUUACCUAACAGCUUUCUUGUCCUACACCGGACCUUUCAAUCAAGAAUUCAGGACUGACUUGCAGAACUGUUGGCUAAAGGAGCUUUUCGAAAGAUCAAUUCCUCUAUCGACAAAUAUCAACAUUAUCGAUAGUCUGACGGAUCGUUCACAAAUUGGCGAAUGGAAUCUGCAGGGUUUGCCAUCAGAUGAUUUAUCCAUACAAAAUGGAAUUAUAGCAACUAAAGCUGUUCGGUUUCCCUUACUAAUUGAUCCUCAGUCUCAAGGAAAGUCUUGGAUAAAGCAAAAAGAGAAGGAGUUUUCUUUGAUUGUUACUUCCUUGAAUCACAAAUAUUUCCGAAACCAUGUCGAAGAUUCAGUAUCGAUGGGAAUGCCGAUAAUUAUCGAGGAUGUUGGUGAAGAACUUGAUCCUUGCCUGGACAAUGUUUUGGAUAGAAAUCUACUGAAAGUCGGCACGACCUUUAAAAUUAAACUCGGUGACAAAGAAAUUGAUUACAAUGACCAAUUCCGACUGUACAUCACCACAAAGCUCCCCAAUCCUGCUUACACACCUGAGGUGUCAGCGAGAACUUCAAUUAUUGAUUUCACUGUGACGAUGAAGGGACUCGAAGAUCAGCUCUUAGGUCGAGUCAUACUCUACGAACGCAAGGAACUCGAGGAGGAACGUACUAAUUUGGUGGAAACGGUCACUGGCAACAUGAAAAAAAUGAAGGAGUUGGAAGCAAAUCUCUUGCAUAAACUAUCGACCAUUGAAGGAAGUCUCCUCGACGAUGUAAGUGUGAUUGAAGUUUUGAAUACAUCUAAAAACACAGCAAUUGAGGUUAAGGAAAAGCUUGAAAUAGCCAGAAUAACCGAGACAAAGAUCAACGUUGCUCGAGAAGAGUACCGUCCUGUGGCAACUCGGGGAAGUGUUUUGUAUUUCUUGGUCUGCACAAUGGCUAUGGUGAAUGUUAUGUAUCAAACUUCAUUGGGGCAGUUCUUGGAGCGGUUCGAUGCCUCAAUGGAGAAUUCCAAAAAGACGCACAUAACGCAACAGAGAAUAGCGAGAAUAAUCAAGUACCUAACUUUUGAAGUUUAUCGUUACAAGUCUCGUGGGUUGUAUGAAGACCAUAAGUAUCUAUUUGUGCUCCUGAUCGCCUUGAAUAUCGAUCGGCAACUGGAUAAUGUUUCCUAUGACGAGUUCCAGAACUUCAUUAAAGGAGGAGCAGCGUUGAAUUUGAAUGACUGUCCACUAAAUCCAUUCCGCUGGGUGACCGAUGAGACUUGGCUGAAUUUGGUACAAUUGUCACGUCUCCAUCAGUUCGCGACUAUCUUGGAUAAAGUAACCAACAAUGAGCGUGGUUGGCAGAAUUGGUUCAAGAAGGACAAUCCUGAAAACGAAGUUAUCCCCGAUGGCUAUAAUAACUUGGAUCCAUUUAGAAAAUUGCUCCUGGUGCGAUCGUGGUGCCCAGAUCGAACAAUUGCACAAAGCCGAAAGUACAUAGGUAAUUCAUUGGGACAACGUUUUGCCGAGCCAAUUAUCCUGAAUUUUGAUGAACUUCUUGAAGAAAGUAAACCACUCACUCCGAUCGUUUGCUUUUUGUCCAUGGGAUCUGAUCCAUCGCCAAAUAUCGAAGCACUGGCCAAAAAGAACGAAGUGAAAUGCUUCUCCAUAUCGAUGGGUCAAGGUCAGGAAAUUCAUGCAAGAAAAUUGAUAGCCACCUGUCUAGAGGAAGGUGGUUGGGUUUUGCUUCAGAAUUGUCACUUGGGACUGGAGUAUAUGAAUGAACUGACACUUCUACUGUUGGAACUUGAGAAGAACGGAACUGGCUUCAGGAAUAAUUUCCGAGUUUGGAUCACAACAGAGCCUCAUAACGAUUUUUCAAUUACCCUUCUCCAAAUGUCUGUUAAGUUUACCAAUGAACCUCCUGCUGGCAUUCGAGCUGGUCUCCAGCGGACCUACGGAAAUUUAUCACAAGACUUCUUAGACUACAGCCAGUCGGUGUUCUAUCAUCCACUGAUAUUUUCUAUAUCAUUCCUGCAUUCCGUUGUCCAGGAGCGUCGGAAAUACGGUCCACUCGGUUGGAAUAUUCCAUACGAGUUCAAUUUUGCAGAUUGGUAUGCCAGUUGUUUGUUCGUUCAAAAUCACCUCGAUGACUUGGAUCCGGUAAGAGGAAUCAGUUGGAGCACUGUUCGUUAUAUGUUGGGUGAGGUUCAAUAUGGUGGACGGGUAACCGACGACUAUGACAAACGCUUGCUCAACACCUUUGCCAGAGUAUGGUUUAGCGAUGAACUUUUUUCGGAAACAUUCCAAUUCUUCAAAGGCUAUAAGAUUUUUUGCUUUAAAACAAAAGAAGACUACUUAGAUGCAAUCGACACGAUGAAAACGGUUGAUCCGCCACAGGUUUAUGGAUUUCAUUCGAAUGCCGAUAUCACCUUCCAGACAAAUGCUACCAAAUCCAUUUUGGAUACCAUUAUUUCCAUUCAACCAAAAGAGUCCUCUGCUGGAAGUGGUGAAACCCGUGAAGAUAAAGUUGCCAGAGCAACUAAGGAAAUGUUAAGCAAAAUGCCUAUGCCCUAUGAUAUUUUUGAAGUCAAGGAACGCCUCAAGGCUAUGGGAGCUACAAGCUCAAUGAAUAUUUUCCUACGACAGGAAAUCGAUAGAAUGCAAAAAAUUAUUAUUCUGGUGCGAGUAACUUUAAAAGAUUUGCUCUUAGCCAUCGAAGGUACGAUCAUUAUGAGCGAACAGUUGCGAGAUGCCUUAGAUAAUAUAUUCAAUGCAAGAGUUCCGACUGUUUGGAAACGCGGAAGUUGGCUUUCUUCAAGUUUGGGAUUUUGGUUUACUGAGCUACUUGAGCGGAACAAUCAAUUCCAGAAUUGGUGCUUUGGGAGUCGACCUACAGUUUUCUGGAUGUCUGGCUUCUUCAAUCCUCAAGGUUUUCUCACAGCUAUGAAGCAAGAAGUUGCCAGAGCUCAUCAUGGAUGGGCACUUGAUCAAGUAACUUUACACAACGAUGUACUGAAGUUGUCUACCGAUGAGUGCAAAAAACCACCAAAAGAGGGCGUUUUCGUCCAUGGGCUCUUUGUCGAUGGAGCCGGUUGGGAUAGAAAAACAUCGAGACUCAUAGAGGCAACGAAUAAGGUUUUAUAUGUAGCUAUGCCUGUAGUGCAUAUAUACGCUAUAAAUUCUGUUGCACCAAAGAAUCCAAAGCUAUACACAUGUCCCGUUUAUAAAAAGAUGAAUCGAACUGAUUUGAAUUACAUAACUCCAUUAUGGGUUGCUUCCAUUAAACCCCCUGAACACUGGAUACUUAGAGGAGUGGCUCUUCUUUGUGAUAUCAAAUAACUAGACUUUUAUU